GCGUUCGACUGUCCCCGUCUGUGCUAAAUGCGACUCACCUCGGUUUCUCUCACUCUAUUUUUCAAGUUUUUCUUCCUACUUGCGUGCACACUAACGAAUCGUUUUUGCCAGCGUAUGUUUCGGCAAUUUGCUAUUGAAGAAGUGAAGUGAAAUCACGUACAGCAACUCGUGAAUCGGAACCUCCGGAAAGUGCCACUUGAAUGAGUUCUUUUGAACCCAUUCAAGAAGAAAUGGAAAAGGGCCGCAUCCCAGAGCAUAAAGAAGAACACAGGAAGGACAGUGAGGAAGGUGAUGGUGGAACACACUGUGAGGUCCCUGAGGCAACGAGCAACAAACCAGAUGACCCAAUGAAUGAAACUUUCAUCCUUCAUCUUUAUCCGAUGCAGCCUUCUGACACUGCCUCUGAUCAGGAUUGGAUUUGCUUGCCAGGAACAGAGGAUAUCUUGAAACAUUCAACACCCAUAACCAACCGACAACUUGGUAAUGAGAUUGCUGCUCGGCAAGCUGCACUGGAGAGGGCAGAUGAUUUCUUGAAACAUUCAACAACCUUAACCAACCGACAGCGUGGCAAUGAGAUCACUGCUCGGCCUGCUACACUGGACAUACUCUCUGUUCAUCAGCUGGCAGCCCAGGGAGAAAUGAAUCAGUUGAAUGAGCAUCUUAACAAAGAUAAUGACCUUCUGAACAAACAAGAUGAAAGGGGCUUCACUCCGCUCAUGUGGGCAGCAGCUUUUGGCGAGUAUGCUGUAGUUAAAUACCUGCUGUUCAGGGGAGCUGAUCCGAAUAUUUUAGCUUGUGAGCGAGAGAGUGCAUUGUCCUUGGCCAGUUCUGGUGGCUAUGCAGACAUUAUCAGAAUGCUUAUGGAAUUCAAAGUGGACAUUAACAUUUACGACUGGAAUGGAGGGAAUCCACUUUUGUAUGCAGUGCGAGGUAACCAUGUGAAGUGUGUUGAGGAGUUGCUAGCAUGGGGUGCAGAUUUGACCAUGGAAGCAGAUUCAGGAUACAGUCCAAUGGACCUUGCUGUAGCAUUGGGUUAUAAGAAAGUACAACAGGCAAUUGAAAACCACAUCCUUGGUUUACUCAAAAACAAAAAGUGAAAGCACAGUCCAAUCCGCUCCAUGUGUAGGACUUGACUGAAACUUCUCAGGACUUUUCACACUGGCAAGUUGGAGAGAUCAUUAGGAGAAGCAGCAGCCGGCACUAAUGGUGAAUCUUAGACGAAGAUGUCUGUGGCCGUGUGUGUUCCUGAAUGUGGCUUUUCUGCCCGAACAUUUAGUUCAUGAGCUUGAAGUGGAAUGCAAAAAUGAUCUUGCUGAUCUCAUUUCUGGUCUUAUUAAUAACUCUGAAAGUGAACUUGAAAAAACCUUUUUCAUCAGAAUCUUUAUUUACUGUAUUUAUAAACUGUUUAAAUGCAACCUAAUCAUGCAAUCAAAUGAAUUAAGGAUUUUUUUAUAUAUUUUUAUCCAAGAUUAAACUUUAUUCAGCACAUUA